AGAUACUAUAGAACGGUCUUCAUUCAUGCAAGAUUAUUCUUCAAGAGCAGUCGUUUUAAGUGGUCUAUACAUGACAUCGAAUAAUGUUGGUUUUAAUAAAAUUGUGUUCGAUUUUAAUUUUAUUAAUUGGUGUUCAAAGUAAUCCAGACAGAAGAAAAAAUUACUCGCAAUUAAAAUCAUGUGAUAUCGGACCUUUGGCAGAAGAAAUAGCAUCCUACGAAUCCGUGGUCAAAAACAUUAUAAACUACGUAGUGAACGGCCCGUUUAAAGGAAAAACAUAUGAUGAAUUAUCGAAAUUCGUCGAUACUUUUGGUGCUCGUCCCUCAGGAUCCCAAAUACUCGAAGACUCUAUUGAUUACAUGAUUCAGCUGACUAAGGACGAGGACAUAAAUGACAUCGUUACGGAGGAACUAGAGGUACCACAUUGGAUGCGAGGAAAAGAAGAAAUUACUAUGAUUGAACCACGAAUAAAAAAUAUUGACUUAUUAGGUUUAGGACAAAGUGUGAGCACACCAUCUGAGGGUAUUACCGCUGAGGUGAUUGUGGUAAAUAACUUCGAAGAGUUGGCUGAGAUACCUAACGAAGUUGUUGAAGGUAAAAUUGUAUUAUACGACCCUAUUUUUACGACAUAUGGUGAAACAGUUGUAUAUAGAUCACAGGGUGCUGUUAGAGCAGCUGAAAAGGGAGCGGUUGCGUCAUUAGUGAGGUCUAUUGCACCAUUCUCUAUUAAUUCACCUCAUACUGGUUCACAAAAUUAUAAUAAUAAUGUUAAAAAGAUUCCAACUGCAGCCAUUUCCAUCGAAGAUGCUGAUUUAAUGAGAAGACUGUUUAAUAGAGGUCAAAAAAUUAUCUUAAAUAUAACAAUGACGUCCACGUCUGAGACAAAAACCUCCAGGAAUACGCUUAUCGACCUAAAGGGAACUUUAAACCCAGAAAAGUUAGUUAUUGUUUCUGGUCAUAUAGAUAGUUGGGAUGUUGGACAAGGUGCCAUGGAUGAUGGUGGUGGCUUAUUUGUAAGUUGGGCAGUACCAGUCAUUUUGAAACAACUAAAUAUGAAACCAAAGAGAACUAUAAGGUCUAUAUUUUGGACGGCUGAAGAGUUAGGAUUAAUUGGUGCUUACGCCUAUGAGGAAAAACAUAGAAAUGAAAGUCAUAACAUAAAUUUCAUAAUGGAAUCCGAUGAAGGUACAUUCGCUCCACGUGGAUUGGCUGUUGGUGGCAGUCAGAAAGCUCGAUGUAUUAUAGCAGAAAUUUUAAAACUAUUCGAGUCUAUAAAUGCUUCUACUCUCGUUGAAGAAGACAGUCCGGGCUCUGAUAUUAGCGUUCUUAUUAAAACCGGAAUUCCAGGAGCCAGUCUUCAUAAUGCGAAUGAAAAGUAUUUUUGGUUUCAUCACACGGAGGGAGAUACUAUGAAUGUAGAAAGUCCUGAAGAACUUGAUCUAUGCGCGGCAUUCUGGACUGCGGUGGCAUAUAUAAUAGCAGAUAUCUCUGCUGAUAUACCGCGUUAAAAUUUAAACGAGGAAUACUUUCAUUGACAUUUAAUUAUUUACUAAACCUAAUGGCUUGUUUACAUUUAAAUUAUUUUCAUUCAUUGAUUCUUUAAUUAUAUUCGUGAAAGAAUA